AUGGCUUCUCCGGCUUCGCUAGGUUCGAGAGCCUUGCGAACUAGCCGUCGCCAAAUUCCUGUGGCCUCCGCUUUACAGAGGCGAUUUCUGGCUGCAGCGGCUUCUGGUAGCUUUCGGUAUGAAACCGGUGAUGCCUCUGGUGUCAAAUACGCAAGCAAAGACCUGCCAGGACCAACCACCACUCUAGCCGUCGUCGCAAAGGCGGGCACAAGAUAUCAGCCUCUGCCGGGCUACUCUGAUGCUCUGGAGAAAUUUGCUUUCAAGUCGACUACCAAACGAUCGGCUUUGCGAAUCACCCGAGAAACUGAACUCCUUGGUGGUGAACUGUCUGCGUACCACUCUCGUGAGAACCUUGUCCUUCGAGCCAGAUUCCUCCGCGAAGAUCUGCCAUACUUUACCGAGCUGCUGGGAGAGGUCAUAUCAAAAACACGCUACACAUCCCAUGAACUCAACGAAGAUGUGGUCCAUGUGAUGAGACUCGCGCAAAAAGGCAUUGUGGGGAGCCCAUUGUCAUUGGCCAUCAACUCUGCUCACGCCGUCGCCUUUCACCGGGGCUUGGGAGAGCCGUUGUUUCCGACUUCCUCCACUCCAAUAAUGAAAUACCUCGAUGCUGGGACCAUCGCCGACUUCAGUGACGCUGCCUAUGCUCGUUCGAAUAUCGCCGUCGUUGCCGAUGGUGCUAGUCACUCCGAGUUUUCGAAAUGGGUAGGAGAAUUUUUCGCUGAUAUUGGAAGCGGCUCUCCUAACAUCAAAUUGUCUUCCCCGGCUUCGACAUACUACGGCGGAGAAGAGAGAAUCCCUCAUAGCUCUGGAAAUGCUAUGGUCAUUGGAUUCCCAGGCUCUAGUUCAUUCACAUCUGGAUCAUCCUACAAGCCGGAAAUUUCAGUUCUUGCGGCCUUGCUCGGAGGGGAGUCGAGCAUCAAAUGGUCUCCAGGUUUUUCAUUGUUGUCCAAAGCUGUGCAGGGUCUCCCAUCUACUCACGUUUCGACCCAGAAUGCCGCUUAUUCAGACGCGGGUCUGCUCUACGUGGCGAUUACUGGAGAUGCGCCGCAAAUUGCAAAGGCAAGCAAGAACGUCGUUGACGCACUGAAGAAGGUCGCGUCCGGCGAAAUGGCCGAGGAAGACAUCAAGAAGGCAACGGCAUUGGCCAAAUUCAGAACUCUUGAGGCGGGACAGCAGACCGAAGCCGGGCUCGAAGCAACGGGCUCCUGUUUGAUCGCUGGAGGCAAAGUAUUCCGGAUCGAUGAAGUUGGAGCUUCGAUUGACAAAGUUUCGGUGGACAAAGUUAAGACAGCGGCGAAGGGAUUGCUAGAUUCGAAAGCAUCGGUCGCAGCCGUGGGAGAGCUUUUUUCUCUUCCUUACGCGUCGGAAAUAGGCUUGAAGGUUUGA